UGGUUUUAAAAAAGUAAAAGCAAUGUAUAUACCCAACAUAAACAAUCCUAGCUUUUAAAUAUGUAAAUAAAUAUAAAAAUAACACAUGCUUUUCUGUUGUUUUGAUAGAGAGUACAAAUAUUUCAACGGCAGUCUUUUCAAGAGCUAUUUGCGAAAUGAGCAAUUUGUUUUGUGUCUGGACUUCACAGGAAGUUUCCUUACUUGAACUUGGCUUGGAGGUUUGACUGAGUAAAUUAUUCCUUGAGUUUUGAAUUAUUCAUCUUGGCUGCAUGAUACGCAAAUCACACUGCACUCACUAUGUCUAGAGGCACAGCACUGGGUCAGAAGCUGCAUCAAGUUGCUGGCAAAGGAUUUCUGUCAAGGGAUCAGGGCUUUCCAACAGAAUGAUUAUGAUUCCAUCUAGUUUAACUCAGCAGAAUCUGCCAGACAACUACAGUGUGCUGGGGACCAUGGCAUGGAACGCCUCUUGCAAACACUGGCUGGCCGCAGAGGCUGCCCUAGGGAAAUACUACCUUUCGGUUUUUUAUGGGAUUGAGUUCAUCGUGGGAGUCCUCGGGAACAGCCUGGUGGUCUACGGCUACCUCUUCUGCCUGAAGAACUGGAACAGCAGCAACGUCUAUCUCUUCAACCUCUCCAUCUCCGACUUCGCCUUCCUGUGCACGCUGCCCCUGCUAAUAAAGAACUAUGCCCUCGAGACGUGGACCUACGGGGACGUGCUCUGCAUCAGCAACCGCUUCAUGCUCCACGCCAACCUGUACACCAGCAUCCUCUUCCUCACCUGCAUCAGCAUCGACCGCUACCUGCUCAUGAACUACCCUUUCCGGGAGCACCUCCUGCAAAGGAAAGAGUUUGCCGUCUUUAUCUCCCUGGUCAUCUGGGUCCUGGUGACCCUAGAGCUCCUGCCCAUGCUUCUCUUUAUAAACCCGGCCCCAGGGGACAACAGCACCAGAUGUAGGGAUUACGCCAGCUCCGGGGACGCCAAACACAGCCUCAUCUACAGCCUGUGCCUCACCUUCUCGGGGUUCCUCGUCCCCUUGUUCGUGAUGUGCUUCUUCUACUUCAAGAUUGCCGUCUUCCUGAAGCAGAGAGUCCGGCCGCAAGCCCCCGCCCUGCCCUUUGAGAAGCCCCUGAACCUGGUCAUCCUGGCCGUGGUGAUUUUCUCUGUACUCUUCACCCCCUACCACGUCCUGAGGAACCUGCGGAUUGCCUCCCGGCUGUGGAACUGGACUCAGCCCCCCUGCACCCAGGUCAUCAUCCACUCCCUGUACAUCAUGACCAGGCCCCUGGCCUUCCUCAACAGCGUCAUCAACCCCCUCUUCUACUUCCUCGUGGGGGACCACUUCAGGGAGUUGCUGACGAGCAAGCUGAGGCAGCACUGCAAGUCCCUGGCCUGCUUCAGGAGAUGUGCCAGCAGACUGGUGUUUUCCUUCAGGAAAGGGUGAGGUGCCCCGGGACAGGACGUUUUAUGUGAGGAGCACCAGCGGGAAGGCCAGGGAGAGGUGAAUGGACAUAAACCAGAGCGGGUCACAGAUCCGCCCCUGACUCAACGACGUGGUGUGCCCAGAAGCACAUAAAAUGGGGAGAGGAUGAGAAGCAUUUAUUUGCUCACUUAAAAAAUUUUUUUGACAGAAGUCGGACAAGCAGGAAGAAUUAGUCAUAUAAAAUUCAAAAUCCUAAGGAGAUAGAAUACCUCAAUCGGUGUAAGAAGAAGAGAAGCUAGAUCAAGUAGCAAGCUUGAAUUGGAUCAUUGGUGGGACUGUAAAAAAAAAAAUUCUUUUGGCAACAUUCUCUAUUGUUUGUUCUUAUUCACACUGUCCUAUAACUUUAUGUGAAGAUUGAGUAGCAGAUUUUACAUACAGUUUCAAGUAUUAUUCCUAGAAGUUGUA